AUGUCCACUUCUAAAACCUCAAAUACUUCCCUCAAAGGAUAUGAGUCCAACCAAAGCCAAAUGAGUUUGUCUCCUCUUAAACUUAACACAUCUCCUUGUGGUGAGAGAAGAGGGCGUGGAAAGCAAGCAGAACCUGGAAGGUUUCUAGGAGUAAGGAGGCGUCCUUGGGGUAGAUAUGCUGCUGAAAUCAGAAACCCUAUAACCAAAGAAAGACAUUGGCUUGGAACAUUUGACACUGCUCAAGAAGCAGCUCUUGCUUAUGACAGAGCUGCCCUGUCCAUGAAAGGAUGCCAAGCAAGAACCAACUUCAUAUACUCCAAAGAUUCCAACACUUUCCACAAUGUUGGUGAUUCUCAACCUCUCUUGCCACCUUCACAGUUUCUCACAAGCACUCACAACACACAAAAUCCAACCAUUCAAAGUGGCCUAUCUCAGCUUGGUACUAUAGCUUCCCAUAUUGAAAACCCUUCUGACAUGAGUGCAUAUGGAUCACCACCUCAGGAUGAAAAUUUCUUCUUCUCAAGUGACUCCAACUCAGGCUAUCUUGAAUGCAUAGUUCCUGAUAAUUGCUUCAGGAAGAGCAAUGCCAGUGCUUCAAGUCAUGUUAACUCAAACUCCAUGCAGGUUAAGUCACAUUUUGACACCACUCAAGAAGCCUUGAACAUGCAAACAACAGUGGAAUCUAACUUUGCAGAUUUUUCUUACCCUAGUGAAGGAUUAUCAUGGGAUAAUCAACGACCAUGGGGUUGUAGUACUUCCAAUGAACUAGCAGCUAUGUUUAGCAAUCCAUCAAGGGUUGAGGAACCCUUCAGUGUGAUGACUCAGGCUGAGGCUGAUGCUUCUUCAUCAUCACUUCCUCCCUUUGGAGAUGUGGACUUGGGAUACUCACUCUUCUGA